GUCCGGUGGAGUCUACCUAACGUGUCGCCGAUAAGCCGAGGCACAACAUGCCGUAAUCACCGAAAAGAGUACGUCUUUUAGCAAGUCCAACCUUCCCGCAUACCAGACAACGCGAACUUCGGCUUCGUAGCGUCAGGUCCCACAUGCCAUUGUUGUUCCUGCAUGUGCAGCUUUCUAGGAACUCCAACUACAACAAUGUUCAUGUUGACACGUCCAUACAUUUUUACUACUAUGAUUUCUAAUUGUUAAUCUCCCUUCAUUCACGUUGAAGCUAAUAUUUAGACCAAUUCUUACCUGAAUUGCCUAAGUUUUCGCAAACAUGUCGUUCGAUGGAUCUUAUACCGCCACGUUGAGCCCAACGGUCUCCGAGAGCUUCUCAUCUCAUGUACUCUCAAAUUCAAUAUCGUCGUUAGCUUCCUCAACGUCAGCCCGCCCAUCGUCGAAUAACAUCUCCAAAGCCUAUCGACAAGCAUCACAAUUAUUUCUCACGCGUCGAUUGCCGGAAGCCUUAUCAACGGUCCUACCAUUAAUCACCCCAACCACCGAAACAUCCGAUGUCAAUGGAUUAACCGAACCGGCCCCUGUCGCUCGAGCUUCAAAGUCGACAAGGAUAAAGGUGUGGAGCUUGUAUCUGACGAUUCUGAAUGCCAUUUUAGAGCUGGAUUCCGACGAAGGAAAAGACGCCUUCGGCACCCAGGAAUGGCGGACCCUAUGUAAAAAAGUUCGAGAUGGCGAUGUCUGGGAAGAGGUUGUGCAGUUCGGAUAUCACGGUGUGGAAGGAGAGGUUGAUUCUGAUGUCGUCAUAAAUCUGGCGACGCUCCUGCUUGCUCAUGCUAAGACGCAAAUUGUAAAUCAGAAGCGGCUGGAGAAUUAUUUGGCUGCGUCGAGCACACCGAACCUUGAUAUAUCUAAGCAACUCGAGGCCACUAGGUCUCCACGGCUGUCGUCAAGGAAUCGAAGAUCAUCGAAAGGUGCCAGUGGUGCUGAUACUCCUCGUGAUCUUAAUGCUAGAGUUAAGAUCCUAGAACUAUACACGCUACAUGUUUUGCUACGCAACAACGAAUGGGACUACGCUAGGGAGUUCAUUAGCGUCAGCGCGGUACUAGAUGAGGAACGAAGAGAUGCUUUCUUACAGGCUCUCCAGAGUUUACAAGAGGAGCAGCAACAGUCCGAACGGAAAGAACGAGAAGAACAGCAGAAACAAGAGGAGCAGUUACAAAAGGAUAUAGAAGAGGCAAGAAGGUUGCGAGCAGAAAACGAAGCGAGAGAACGACGUCGAUUAGAUGAAGAGAGGGCUAAACGUGAAGGUAGCGAGGUUGAUUACGGUAUCGAGCAAACUCGGAGUACUCCCGCGCCCCGGAGUAAACCUCGGAGCGUUUCUAGUGGAUCUGCGCUAUCAAGGCCACCCAAGUCACCCGUAUCGAAAGGGAAGAAGGCUACAGCACCCUCUAGCCUUACUGCACGGGCUGCGAUGAUUCUAGCAAAUCUUCGCAACGUUAUUGAACAGAUGGGGGCAACAUUCAAAGCUAACCCGAUGUUGCUCAUGAGAUUGGUUGCUUUCGUCAUUAGUAUACUUGUUAUGUUUGGAAGAAGAAGCAUUCGCGAGCGGGUUCAGAGGAUCCUCGGUACAGGAUGGAAUAAGGUGAAAUCAACAGCUGGUAUGGGCGUUAAGGUCAGCUACAUUUAGCUGACUAGAUGGAUUUUAUAAUUUGAGGCGUUCUGUACAUCAAUUUCUUGUAGAUAAUCAUCACUCAGGGACAGAUCGGGCAAGCAAGCAAGCAUCCUUUACGAACCUUACUUUUAUGAGUCGUCGGACUUUAAUAAAGAA